GACCCAAGCAGGAAGCAGGAGCGCUCGCGAAGUUGUCGCUGUGGCUGCUUUCUGGUACAAAUGGCGAGCGCCAUGAAAACAUGGUUAUUGACGGGAGACUUGACAAAAGUGCUAUUCUUAUUAAUUUGUAUUCACUUUACACGCCCGUUAAAUGCAGUGUCAGAGCCGGGUAAAUGGACCUUAAACGUCAACAGUGUAAGUUGCCUUGUCUUGUGCGUAUAGUAUUUUUGCUAUCAAAGCAUCAUAGGUAGCCUAGAUAGGCUAUGAUAUCUUGUUAAGAACAUUGUUUAGUUCAGCCAGAUUAAUAUAUUUCAACAGUUGAUAUACUGUCGCAGUCUACAGAAGGAGGCAUUGAGACAAUACUUGCCUUAGUUUUACGCACCAUGCACGGUUCUGGCGACAAUGUAAUUACAACAUUGUAACCGCUUCCACUGUAUUAUAAACAAUGUAACACUAUCAUUCUCCCAUUGAUCAGGCUGUCCAAAUUAUCCUUAUUAUUUUACCCUAUCAGUGCUAGUCAAUAUGGGGUUGUUUCACGAAUAGUCAAUACAAGUAAUAAACAGUAAGCGAUCUGAUCCAUUCAUUCAUAGACUUCCUGCCCCUGGGCAAAUGUUGAAUCUUGGCUCACCAUCAUGCCUACCUACAUUCCAUAAUAAAAUAUUCAGCUAUUUUGUUAAGAUCAUUUAAAACCCAUCAGUUUUUUUUUUAUCAGAAUAUUGACAAUCUAAAUGUUGUCAAAAUCUAUUGCAGUAACCAUAUGUUUGACAUUUUCUCAACGCUUGUGUUACAGGACACUUUGAAGAAGCAGAGCUUUUUCCUCUUCACCAAGACAAUGUUUAACAAUACUGUUAUUCAGCUGAAUUGUAAGUAGGCUAUAACCUCUCUUAUGUUUCUGCAAGUGAGGAUAAAACUCAGUUAUUUACUGAACCUUGUAGAAUAUUAUAUAGCAGCAACAUGAUUGCCCCUUCCUCUGACUAGUAUUGUAGGAUGGUGUACGGGUUGGUGUGAGGUGUGACCCAGGAGUGGUGCAGGAUAGACAGUAGGCAGUAGGCAAGGUUGGUGAAACAAGGAUCUUUACUGAUGGUCCAAAAGCCAGGAUACAAAACAACAGACUAUACACGAAAACAAAUGAGGAGCACAUAGGUCUCCAAAAAACAGGCUAACAACAAACAAUACAAAAUACUAACUCUGACUGGAAAAACACAAUGAUACAGGGAGAACACUUCCCGAGUACCUGUAACUCAGUCACGUCACGUGAUCCGACACUGAUACGUACUGCUUGACAUCAAGGAACUAGCAGAAAACUGAGCAAGGGAACACAGGGAAGUGAGGGCAUAAAUACACAGGUGAAUCAGAUAGACACAGGUGACACCAAUAGGCAGAUAAUUAGUCCCGACUGUGAGUGAGGAGGUGCCUAUGGUUGUCGGAGGAUGACACCUAGUGGGUCGCUCCGGAACUGCGACCCACUCCUGUAACAGUGCCACGCCUCUUACUAAACACCUCCCCCAGAUCCCAAUACUCCUGGGGAAGAGGUGAGGACUGGUAGGUGGUCUCGGAUGGUGGUUUAGGCUGAUGAGUGGUCGGUGGUGACCGGAAUAGGACAGGGGCGGUGCCUCCCUCCAGGAUGAGCCGCCCCAUGGACCUGUCUAUCCGGGGGUUGUGGGCGGCCAGCCAGGGGUGCCCGAGGAUGAGCGGACACUCCGGAGAGUCCACAAUGAAAAACUGGAUAUACUCCUAUACUCCCAACGGCCGGCCGUCCAGGCCCAUGACUGGAACCGGCUCAGAGAGAGAGAGUAACGAGUAACAGAACGCUCCACCCUUGGGCCAGCCCCGCAUCCAUCAGGUUUCCCGCGGCCCCAGAAUCCACCAGUGCAUGCUUCUGACGCGCAGCGCGGGCCCACUGUACCCUGACGGGGAGAAAAGUCUGGGAGUCUCUGGAGUUGUGGUUUUGGUUCCGGCUCGCUGGCACCCCUCCCGAUACUAGCGAGCCCUCCCGUUUUCCCGGCUUCUCUGGCCAUGUGUUGCCAUGGUGACCUGCGUGGCCGCAGUACCGGCAACGUCCCUGGGGCAGACGCCUCUGCCUCUCCAUCCGGGACGAGCGCGCCGCACCCAGCUGCAUAGCCUUCUCCUGAGGUGUCUCCUCCCUGAAUCGGCGGAAAGCCGCUAUGAUACUGUGCUGCCUCCGCUGGAUCCAUAUUGGCUGAGUUUUCUAGUGGAUCGCUCCGGAACUGCGACCCACUCCUGUAACAGGAUGGUAUACUGUCAAUGCAGGAUAUUUGUAUGAUAGCAUUACUGUAUACAAUAAGCUACUUUAUUGUGUAUACAGUAAGAGUAUGGGAAAACCUGUUGGGGGAGGAAGUAGUAGGGGAGGAAGUAGUAGGGGAGGAAGUAGUAGGGGUGGAAGUAGUAGGGGAGGAAGUAGUAGCUCUGUGACUAAGUUGUUUGCUGACUUAGACGUCUGCUGUUUCAGGGUUGAUGGAACACUGUGACCCUCCGGUAAAACUCAACAUCUCCUGGUACCUAAGGAGCUCCCGCUGCUUCGACGAGGUGUUUGGUCUCGACGUGAGUUCCUCUCUCUCAUUUGGAAACUAACUGAAUGGGCUCAUUCACGCUGGACUAACUGUACCUGUUGUAUUCCAUAAACUCUCCAGUAUUUCCUUUUUUCAGCUAGUUUCUUGUUCUCAAUUUAACAACAGGCAAUGCAAGAUUUAGGGUCUCGAUAAGGUUCGCAGUGUCAUUCAUGUUUUAUGACUGCAUAGACAGUGUGGUUUGUGCAAAUACUUAUUAACUUACUUAUUAACUUUAUCAUACCUGUUUGAUUUGCAGCCUCUGAAGGCAGGGAGCUACUUCAGGACGACAGCUGUGAAGCAGGAAGGAGGCAGUGGGUUCUAUGUGUUCCAUCAGCACCCUGCCAUUGAGUGCAAACAGCACAUGACCCGCAGUGAGGUACAGUAUGUGGCAAUGGAGGGUCUCAUAAGAAAGCAGGGUAGCACUUUAUUUUACGGUACCUUACAGAAAUUAUUCCGGCAUUUACAUGGUCAAAUGUUAAUUACACAGUAAUGCUAGAUUCUACAGCUACACCAUAUAAUGCAAUAUUCAGAGAUACACGUCUGGUUUUGUGAGAUUUAUAACACAGCAACACCUAUGCAUUACUUAUUUGUUUCUAAAAAAGAGAACUUUGCUAGUAGCUAACUUCUUAUUAUAUGACAGGUAGAACCAGUGGAAUCAGCACAGUGAAAUAAAGUGCGGAAAAAAGCGUACUGCAAACAACACAACGGUGAAACAAAUACCACAACCUGAUAUGUUCCACCUCGCUCGUUCAUGUUGUCUUCCUGAGUUUGUUUGUUCACUAAAUUGCGACCUAAAUAUAGCAGCUCGUAACUGAUCAUUAGGAAGGGCUUGUAAUUCUGAAUACGUGUUUUCGUACAGCGCAGCUCAUGGCGAGGCAAUGUUAUGGAGGUGUUCAUGAGGUAUCAUUGUCUAAUGGUUGCUACUCUGGUUUGUUUUCUGGAACAGUUCUUUCUCAACAAAUUUGAGGAGCCGACUAGGCUUACUGAGCCAGUUCAAGAACAGGUGAGUGGGCUAAAGCAAACAGGUUUAGCAUACAAAUCCUUCUAUAUACAUCAACUUUUUAUUAUAGAUUAGAUACACAUGACCUGUUUUGUUUGAGAAGUUCACAAUAGAGCAUGCAGGUGCAUAUAGUAACACAGUAAUUCACCAAGGUGUCAUCGGAAUGACUGUCUCUAUCCCCUGUUUUAGCCUGUCACUUACAAGGACCAAGGGAUGAGGAAAAGGAGCGCUGAGGAUCCAAAGGAGGUAAAUCAACAACUCAAACACCCUCUGAUAUCAUAACCAAAUAUAUGCAAAAUGUAUAUAAGUGUAGAUUCAUGUGAAUAAGGCGAUUGGGUCCUGUGAUUCCCAGCCUAGCAACAGACCUCCAUAUCAGGGAAAUCAGCUUAAUCAUUAUAAUUUCUCUCCUUUAGGCGGUUGCUGUCAAAGCAGAGGCAGCUGUGGCCACAGGGAAAGCCCCAGCCCCAGCUGCAAAUAAAGAAGUGGUGAGCGUUUCCUUGUCCCCUAAGAACCAUGUCUGAAUGAAGAUAUGUAUGGUGUACAUACAUGUUGGCUAAACAAACAGUGUGCCAGGAUAUUGAUACACUAACACACUGUUUCUUUAAUUGCCAUUCUUAAUUUCUUGUACCGCAGGGAAAACCUUUGUUCAGCUAGCUAUUUCCUAAUGCCUGGUUCUCUUAGACAUAGAGAUCCUAUAAUGUAACUCUACGCUCCUAGACACCCCAGCAUCACUUUGAUGCAGAUGCUCAGACCUGGGAGGAUGGCCCUUACAUGUUCAUCAUCCACAUCCAAGAGAUCAAGGAGAAGAGCAGCACCGCCACUGACUCUGUCCCACCACAGAACUGGGUCAUCCAACGUAAGGAGCUCCACCACUCACAUGAAACCUGGGUGCAAUAUAUUAAAACUACAUUAUCUAAUAGGCUAAUAUAACUGUUAUGUCCUUCACCCCCUGCAGUGGAAGUCAGUAUGAAGGGACCCCAUGACUACAUCUCAGCUUCAGAAUGGCCUCUUAUGAUCGUAAGUCAAUUCUGCCAUGAUAAGUUGUGUACGGAAAACACUCUACACUAUAGCUUCAUUACAUGUAGUAUAAUAAAUACAAAUAGCUUCUAAGGUGUGUGCCUUUAGGACAUGCUCUCUAUCUUAUCAGACAAUACAGACUCUAGUUCCUUGCCAGCUCAACUAACUGUCCCUUUUUCAGUUCUACAUGGUGAUGUGUGUCAUCUAUGUGUUACUGGGCCUGCUAUGGCUGGGGCUGUCCGCCUGCUACUGGAGAGAGCUGCUGAGGAUCCAGUUCUGGAUCGGCGGGGUCAUCUUCCUGGGCAUGCUGGAGAAGGCUGUGUACUACGCCGAAUUCCAGAGCAUCCGCUACGACGGACUCUCAGGUCAGGAGGAGAGAGACACACCCUUACAGAAAAACCACGUGAAAUUCAUGUGUUUUUUUUCGUAAGGGCAGAAACACGUCUUUGUCUGUAAUGGGUAUUUUAAGGGAUUCCACGUGUGUUUAAGUAGUAAUUUUUGGUGGACACCCCUAAACAAAAAUCUUUGGCCACUUUUGUUUUUCUACCUAAAUCCUCCUGGUGGGCAAGGUUGGAAUUGGGUAAGAGAUAGUUGAUCCUAGUGUUGUGCUAAAAGUGCUGUUGUACUCCAUUAAUAGGCUUUAUUUGUGUGCUGUGUCCUCCAACAGUCCAGGGGGCAGUAGUGUUUGCGGAGGUCCUAUCAGCAGUGAAGAGGACCCUGGCCCGUGUUCUUGUCAUCAUCGCUAGUCUUGGUUAUGGAAUUGUCAAGUGAGUCACUCCUUUCAUAACAGGUCACAGUAUGAAAAUGUAUGCACUCACUAACUGUAAGUCGCUCUGGAUAAGAGCGUCUGCUAAAUGACUAAAAUGUCAAAUGUAAAAUGUGAAGACUGCCAAUUCUGUCUCUCUUUGUCUCUCUCUCUCUCUCUUCUCUUUCACUCUCUCUUUCUCUCUCGCCGUCUAUGUCUGUCUGUCUCUCUCUUGCUCUCUCUGCCUGCCUGCCUGCCAGUCACUCUCUCUCUCUCUCUCUCUCUCUCCCUAGGCCAAGGCUUGGUGCAUUGUUACACAGGGUGGUCGGGGUGGGACUGCUCUACCUUAUAUUCUCCGUUGUCGAGGGAAUCCUGAGGGUCAAUUCGGUAAGUCUGGUCUCUCCCUUCUGAUCAAUAUACUACCUCGGUAUUCCCAAAAAUACACAGUCUACCUGCAGUAUCUGUAACUAGACUAUUAAACCAUGUUGAUACAUUUUCGAUAUGGAACUAAACCAAGCAAUGCCAUGAUGCUCUUUGUUGAAUAUCUUCAUCUUUGGUCAAAGGAUGCCAGGAAUCUUGUGUGUGUAGUAGUAUUGCCAUUCCACUGUCAGUGUUUACCUAUCUUUCUCACAGGGACAAGUGGACAGUAGCAGACUACUGUGUGACAUUGUUCUGGCGUUCACUGACUCGUGCAUUGUGUGGUGGAUAUCCUUUUGGAGUGGUCAGCCAUUACCGGAGGCCAUGAGUCUGCCUGUUUGCCAGUCAGCUAGUUAGUCUAGUAGUCACUGUAUGCAGUUAGUCUGUCAGUAUUAAGAUCUAUUUUUUCACAGACUCGUUUUUUUCUCCCUCUGGGCAUGCUUGUAUUUCCAAAGCUUACUCAGAUCUCUUCCUUCCUUUUACCAGUGUCUCUCAUUACUUCUCAAACAAGUUUGAUUCCAACCCUCUGAGUGGCAGUUUGGUUCUACACAGGUCCUUUCGUGUGUGUAUCUAUCUGCAUGGCUGCCUGAAGAGUAUGUGAUGGUAUUCCCUUCCUCCCUCCCUCCCUCCCUCCCUCCCUCCCUCCCUCCCUCCCUCCCUCCCUCCCUCCCUCCCUCCGUCCCUCUGUCCCUCCCUCCCUCCCUCCCUCCCUCCCUCCCUCCCUCCCUCCCUCCCUCCCUCCCUCCCUCCCUCCCCUCCCUCCCUCCCUCCCUCCCUCCCUCCCUCCCUCCCUCCCUCCCUCCCUCCCUCCCUCCCUCCCUCCCUCCCUCCCUCCCUCCCUCCCUCCCUCCCUCCCUCCCUCCCUCCCUCCGUCCCUCUGUCCCUCCCUCCCUCCCUCCCUCCGUCCCUCUCUCCCUCCCUCCCUCCCUCCCUCCCUCCCUCCCUCCCUCCCUCCCUCCCUCCCUCCCUCCCUCCCUCCCUCCCUCCCUCCCUCCCUCCCUCCCUCCCUCCCUCCCUCUCUCUGUCCCUCCCUCCCUGCCUCUGUCACUCCCUCCCUCCCUUUCUGCUGCCCCUAUGUGUGUGUCCGUUCCCCUCUCUGUCCCUUCCAGGCUGAAGAUGAUCUGGUGCUGCUGACUGCCAUUCCUUUGGCUGUGCUCGACUCUACCCUCUGCUGGUGGAUAUCCUGUACUGUAACUCUCUGCAAUUCUCUCUUUCUCUUCCAAUCUCCCUCCCCCUCUGCCUUACUCUCCCAACACUCUCACUUCUUGCAAUCCCUGUGUGCGGCAGGGCCUUGGUGGUGGUGUUAACCCUUCUCCCUCUAUUUUCACCUGCCUUCGCCUUUGUCUCAGAGAAGGGAAUAACCCAGAAGGGAAUAUUUCCUGAAAAUAUGCUCUGCCUCACAAAGACUAAUUUAGACAUCAGAGGGAGCCAUAGUCCCAUGGAUUAAUUACAUUUUUAAUUACAGGGCCACUUAUAUCAAGGCUAUAUCAAGGCUAUCAAUAACUUCAUUUAGAAGAGCUCGGAGGCACUGCUGACUAUUGACAAAUGCCUUAUUUUAUUCUUACGGAUGGUCCUAUUUUUUCUCCUGCAGUUUGACAGAACAGUAUUUUAGUGGAUUCAGUUAGUUGACCAGUUAGCCAGAAAACCAGUUAGUAUAGUGAUGACUAAGAUCAUACCAGGUUUUUCAGCCGUGCUUAACCUGGCCAUGGAGGGCAGAAGGGAGCUCAACUCCUCCUGUGUAAUGAGAUAAUGACUGAAAGCCCUCAGACACUUACACCCUUACGACCUGAUUAGCUUGGGGUUACGUUAGGGCAUAUCAGCUCGGUUGAGGUAGGCAAACUCUUCUGUGUUGGUUAUGUUGACAGUCAAUGGAGGAAGACUGGUAUUAUUGGGUAAGCUGUUUCUGUUGAGAAUUGUAUUUCAACGGUGGGCUGUUGUUAGUGAGCUGUUGUUAGCGGGGUGUGUCCUGGGGUUAUGUUGGAGUCCUUGACAGCCAGUCACAUCUUUAUCAGCCUGGCCCAGACCAUGAAGCUCCUUCGCCUCCGAAGAAACGUGGUCAAGCUCUCCCUGUAUCGCCACUUUACCAACACCCUCAUAUUCGCCGUUAUUGGUGAGGAGCUGUCUGCGGCUGUGCUACUGCAACCACUCAACAGAGACAUUUCAAACAUAGUGUUCUAUACACCAUGGUGUGCCAUGAUUACAAGCAUUCACUAAUGUAUUUGGCCUGUCACUGUUUUACUCUGCAGUCUCAGUCAUUUUCAUUAUCUGGACGACAAAGACCUUCAAGUUUUCAAAGUGUCAGUCGGUGAGUAGUGUUUGUUUACUACGUUACGUAAUAAGCCAUGUACAUUCAUACAGUUUCUUGACUUUGUCCAGCUCGCUAACAAUCACCGAAAUGAAAGCGAGACAGUCAGGGAACAUCGAAAAUAAUGUUUUCUUGCAAAUUUUGAUGGCGAGGAAAUAUAACCAAUUUUCAAUGCGUCCCUCUGGACCUCGUUGAAGACCGAAUGCGGCCCCUUUAGCGAGUUGAUGUCAAAUCCGAGUGGCUAGCACAAGCACACAUACACAGUUGACCUCUAAUGAACUGGUAUUUGGCAUUAGGUAGUUCAUCUUUCUCAUACUCUUCCUCUCCCCUGUCUCUCUCUUAUUCACUCUCUCUGUGUAUCUCUCUAGGACUGGAGGGAGCUGUGGAUAGACAAUGCGUUCUGGCGGUUCCUCUUCUCCACCAUCCUUCUGGUCAUCAUGUUCCUGUGGAGGCCGUCUGCCAACAACCAGAGGUAAGAGGUCACGGCUAAACAGUUCAACAUAUCAACACACGGCCAAAACCCUCUCAACCCUCUCACAAACCAAAGUCAUGUUUGAUUUUUAAUCUAGGGAUUAGGGUACUGGCUAGGAUCCUUCAGUAUGUCACCAGAGACAUCUGUGGCAAAGUUAGGGUCAAUUCAGGACAUAACAUUGCACUUGUAUGGAGAAAUCCCAUGUCCAAACCAACUCAAAUGAAUUGAGAUGGAGUUGAGCCCAAGUUGGCCAUGUUCAGUAGCCAAAUGUUGUUGAACGUUGCCGAUAGAAAUUCCAUGAAUAGAGCCGCCGUGAUUCCUUAUUCAGUAUGUCAGAGAAGAAUGUUUGUUGUACAUAGCAUAUUUCUAUCUGAACGUUCCACAAUGUUGUGUCCUGGCCUUAGAUACGCCUUCAGCCCCCUAGUGGAUGAGGAGAGUGACGACGAGGCAAAGGAACAGCUGAUGAAUGAUGCAUUUGGUAAGAGUCACUGCUGUAGGUCUGAUUUCAUUAUUAUUGAAACAGAAUACAAGUGGGAAAUAUAAAGAUCCAGUCCAUUAAAAAAAUUGGAGGCACCUUACACUUCAGUGUUGUGAUGCAAAAAUUCGAGCAAAUAGUAUAGCGCAUAUAAUUAAAAAGGUAUUGUCGGACAUUAUUAAUUCUAAUCAGACAGGUUUUUUACAUGGACGAUACAUUGGAGAUAAUAUAGGGCAAGUUCUGGAAACAAUAGAACACUAUGAAAAAUCUGGGAAACCAGACCUGCUAUUCAUAGCAGAGUUUAUAUAUAAAUGCCUGGAGCGUUUCAAUUUUGGAGAAUCUCUUAUAAAAAGGGUUAAAAUCAUGUAUAGUAACCCUAGGUGUAAAAUAGUAAAUAAUGGCUAUUUCUCCGAAAGUUUUAAACUGUCAGGAGGAGUAAAAGCGUGGUCCUCUGUAGCUCAGCUGGUAGAGCACGGCGCUUGUAACGCCAAGGUAGUGGGUUCGAUCCCCGGGACCACCCAUACACAAAAAUGUAUGCACGCAUGACUGUAAGUCGCUUUGGAUAAAAGCGUCUGCUAAAUGGCAUAUUAUUAUUAUUAUUAUUAUUAAAACAAGGUUGUCCACUAUCGGCAUAUCUAUUUAUAAUGGCCAUCGAAAUGUUAGAUAUUAAAAUCAGAUCCAACAAUAACAUCAAGGGAUUAGAAAUCCAGGGCUUAAAAACAAAGUUGUCAUUGUACGCUGAUGAUUCAUGUUUUCUUUUAAAUACACAACUUGAAUCCCUCCACAGCCUCAUAGAGGAUCUAGAUAAAUUUUCUAACCUCUCUGGAUUACAACCAAAUUAUGAUAAAUGUACUAUAUUACAUAUUGGAUCACUAAAAAAUACAAUAUUUAUAUUACCAUGUAGUUUACCAAUAAAAUGGUCUGAUGGUGAUGUGGAUAUACUCGGAAUACAUAUUCCAAAUUAAAUAAAUGAUCUCACUACAAUACACUACAACUACAAUACAUUUUAAUAGAAAGUUAGCAAAAAUAGAUAAGAUCUUGCUACCAUGGAAAGGUAAAUACCUGUCUAUUUGUGGAAAAAUCACCCUGAUUAACUCUUUAGUAUUAUCCCAGUUUACCUAUUUGCUUAUGGUCUUGCCUACGCCUAGCGAACAGUUUUUUAAAUUAUAUGAGAAAAAAAAAUUCAAUUUGAUUUGGAACGGCAAGCCAGACAAAAUUAAAUGGGCCUAUUUAUAUGAUGAAUAUGAAUUCGGAGGACAGAAAUGAUUAAAUAUUAACUUAUUAGACCUAUCACUAAAAGCUUCAGUCAUACAAAAGUUAUGGCCUCCCGAGUGGCACAGUGGUCUAAGGCACUGCAUCGCAGUGCUAGCUGUGCCACUAGAGAUCCUGGUUCGUAUCCAGGCUCUGUCGUUGCCGGCCGCGACCGGGAGACCCAUGGGGUGGCGCACAAUUGUCGUCCAGGGUAGGGGAGGGAAUGGCCGGCAGGGAUGUAGCUCAGUUGGUAGAGCAUGGCGUUUGCAACGCCAGGGUUGUGGGUUCGAUUCCCACGGGGGGCCAGUAUGAAAAAUAAUGUACGCACUCACUAACUGUAAGUCGCUCUGGAUAAGAGCGUCUGCUAAAUGACUAAAAUGUAAAUGUAAAAUGUUAUACUUAAAUCCGAACUGGUUCUCUAGCAAAUUAGUAAGAUUGUCUCACCCCAUGUUCAAGGAUGGCCUUUUUCCCUUUAUUCAGAUUACAACCUCUCACUUUCAGUUAUUUGAAAAGGAAAUAAUCUCCCAAAUAUCACUAUUUCUAAAACAAGCCAUAGAAUUUCAAUUUAAUCCUCCAGAAACGACAGAACAAAUAAUGCAACAAAUAUUGUGGUUAAACUCAAAUAUACUAAUUGAUAAAAAGCCAGUAUAUUUUUAUAAAUUAAAAAAAAAAAAAAGUAUAAUCUUCAUAAAUGAUAUCAUAGGGAGGACUGGUGGAGUUAUGUCACACAUGCAGCUAACAAAAACAUAUGGAAAUGUCUGCUCUACCCAAAAUUACAACCAAAUAAUUGCAGCAUUACCGCAACAAUGGAAGAGGAACGUGGAAGGGGGAAAAAGUAAGGAACUUGUCUGUCGGCCCUGCAUUAAAGAACAUAAUUGGUUAAAGAAAAUUGUGAUAAAUAAAAAAGUAUACCAGUUUCAUUUAAGGACCAAAGGAUUGACAGCCGUCCCAUAUAGAUUGCAAAAUAGUUGGGAAGAGAUUUUUGUCGUACCGAUUCCAUGGCAUAGUGUUUCAAAGCUUAGAAUUGUUCAUUUUAAAUUAUUAUACAAAAUUCUUGCUACCAAUAGAAUGUUAUUUGUAUGGGGGAUAAAAUCUUCCCAGCUCUGCAGAUUUUGCUGCGAAGAGACAGAAUCAUUAGAUCAUUUGUUUUGGUACUGUCCAUUUGUGGCUUGUUUUUGGUCACAGGUCCAGGAAUGGCUGAAGGAUUGCAAUAUUUACCUGGAGCUAACCCUGCAGAUAGCACUACUGGGUGAUCUGAAAAGUCAUAGUCAAUCGAUCAAUAAUAUAAUAAUACUUUUAGCAAAAAUGUUUAUUUUCAAUGUACAAUCUGUAGAAACAAUGAGAAUAGAAGGGUUCAGAACUUUAAUGAAACAUCACAGUACAGUUGAAAAAUAUAUGGCAAAUAGAAAUCCAAUAUGGAUAGUGAGAUAGAUAGAUUGGAGGUGUUGAAUGGAGCUGAAGGAUGGGACUAAUAACAACUAACAACAACUAAUAACAGCAAGAUAACUAAUGUAGGGUAUGCUGUGUCCAUAAUAAGUAUAUAUGUUAUAGGUUGAGAGCUUUUGUGAAGGAGCACAGUUGGAGAAAUAUGGCAUAUAGAAGCAAAAAGGAUGGACAUCAUGAAAACGAUCGGAGAGGUUGAGGGUAGAGGAAGUUCAGGAGUAAAAACGAACAAAAUAUAAUUAUUGUAAAAUUGACUGUGUCCAUAGAAUGUAUAUAGUAUGUAUAAGCUGGAAGUAGAGGCCUAAGCGUUGUUGUUCACAUUACUCCAAUUAGGGAAGGGGUGGUGGGGUUGGAAAGUAAUAAAGGGAAAUAUAUUUUUUUAAAGGAUAUGUGUAUAUACAGUGGGGAGAACAAGUAUUUGAUACACUGCCGAUUUUGCAGGUUUUCCUACUUACAAAGCAUGUAGAGAUCUGUAAUUUUUAUCAUAGGUACAGUGGGGGGAAAAAAGUAUUUAGUCAGCCACCAAUUGUGCAAGUUCUCCCACUUAAAAAGAUGAGAGAGGCCUGUAAUUUUCAUCAUAGGUACACGUCAACUAUGACAGACAAAAUGAGAAAACAAAUUCCAGAAAAUCACAUUGUAGGAUUUUUAAUGAAUUUAUUUGCAAAUUAUGGUGGAAAAUAAGUAUUUGGUCAAUAACAAAAGUUUCUCAAUACUUUGUUAUAUACCCUUUGUUGGCAAUGACACAGGUCAAACGUUUUCUGUAAGUCUUCACAAGGUUUUCACACACUGUUGCUGGUAUUUUGGCCCAUUCCUCCAUGCAGAUCUCCUCUAGAGUAGUGAUGUUUUGGGGCUGCCGCUGGGCAACACGGACUUUCAACUCCCUCCAAAGAUUUUCUAUGGGGAUGAGAUCUGGAGACUGGCUAGGCCACUCCAGGACCUUGAAAUGCUUCUUACGAAGCCACUCCUUCGUUGCCCGGGCGGUGUGUUUGGGAUCAUUGUCAUGCUGAAAGACCCAGCCACGUUUCAUCUUCAAUGCUCUUGCUGAUGGAAGGAGGUUUUCACUCAAAAUCUCAUGAUACAUGGCCCCAUUCAUUCUUUCCUUUACACGGAUCAGUCGUCCUGGUCCCUUUGCAGAAAAACAGCCCCAAAGCAUGAUGUUUCCACCCCCAUGCUUCACAGUAGGUAUGGUGUUCUUUGGAUGCAACUCAGCAUUCUUUGUCGUCCAAACACGACGAGUUGAGUUUUUACCAAAAAGUUAUAUUUUGGUUUCAUCUGACCAUAUGACAUUCUCCCAAUCCUCUUCUGGAUCAUCCAAAUGCACUCUAGCAAACUUCAGACGGGCCUGGACAUGUACUGGCUUAAGCAGGGGGACACGUCUGGCACUGCAGGAUUUGAGUCCCUGGCGGCGUAGUGUGUUACUGAUGGUAGGCUUUGUUACUUUGGUCCCAGCUCUCUGCAGGUCAUUCACUAGGUCCCCCCGUGUGGUUCUGGGAUUUUUGCUCACCGUUCUUGUGAUCAUUUUGACCCCACAGGGUGAGAUCUUGCGUGGAGCCCCAGAUCGAGGGAGAUUAUCAGUGGUCUUGUAUGUCUUCCAUUUCCUAAUAAUUGCUCCCACAGUUGAUUUCUUCAAACCAAGCUGCUUACCUAUUGCAGAUUCAGUCUUCCCAGCCUGGUGCAGGUUUACAAUUUUGUUUCUGGUGUCAUUUGACAGCUCUUUGAUCUUGGCCAUAGUGGAGUUUGGAGUGUGACUGUUUGAGGUUGUGGACAGGUGUCUUUUAUACUGAUAACAAGUUCAAACAGGUGCCAUUAAUACAGUUAACGAGUGGAGGUCAGAGGAGCCUCUUAAAGAAGAAUUUACAGGUCUGUGAGAGCCAGAAAUCUUGCUUGUUUGUAGGUGACCAAAUACUUAUUUUCCACCAUAAUUUGCAAAUAAAUUCAUAAAAAAUCCUACAAUGUGAUUUUCUGUAUUUUUUUUUCUCAAUUUGUCUGUCAUAGUUGAUGUGUACCUAUGAUGAAAAUUACAGGCCUCUUUCAUCUUUUUAAGUGGGGGAACUUGCACAAUUGGUGGCUGACUAAAUACUUUUUUUCCCCACUGUACACUUCAACUGUGAGAGACGGAAUCUAAAACAAAAUUCCAGAAAAUCACAUUGUAUGAUUUCUAAGUAAUUCAUUUGCAUUUUAUUGCAUGACAUAAGUAUUUGAUACAUCAGAAAAGCUGAACUUAAUAUUUGGUACAGAAACCUUUGUUUGCAAUUACAGAGAUCAUACGUUUACCAAAGAUUUUCUAUUGGGUUCAGGUCUGGAGACUGGCUAGGCCACUCCAGGACCUUGAGAUGCUUCUUACGGAGCCACUCAUUAGUUGCCCUGGCUGUGUGUUUCGGGUCGUUGUCAUGCUGGAACAACCAGCCACGACCCAUCUUCAAUGCUCUUACUGAGGGAAGGAGGUUGUUGGCCAAGAUCUCGCGAUACAUGGCCCCAUCCAUCCUCCCCUCAAUACGGUGCAGUCGUCCUGUCCCCUUUGCAGAAAAGCAUCCCCAAAGAAUGAUGUUUCCACCUCCAUGCUUCACAGUUGGGAUGGUGUUCUUGGGGUUGUACUCAUCCUUCUUCUUCCUCCAAACACGGCGAGUGGAGUUUAGACCAAAAAGCUCUAUUUUUGUCUCAUCAGACCACAUGACCUUCUCCCAUUCCUCCUCUGGAUCAUCCAGAUGGUCAUUGGCAAACUUCAGACGGGCCUGGACAUGCGCUGGCUUGAGCAGGGGGACCUUGCGUGCGCUGCAGGAUUUUAAUCCAUGACGGCAUAGUGUGUUACUAAUGGUUUUCUUUGAGACUGUGGUCCCAGCUCUCUUCAGGUCAUUGACCAGGUCCUGCCGUGUAGUUCUGGGCUGAUCCCUCACUUUCCUCAUGAUCAUUGAUGCCCCACGAGGUGAGAUCUUGCAUGGAGCCCCAGACCAAGGGUGAUUGACUGUCAUCUUGAACUUCUUCCAUUUUCUAAUAAUUGCGCCAACAGUUGUUGCCUUCUCACCAAGCUGCUUGCCUAUUGUCCUGUAGCCCAUCCCAGCCUUGUGCAGGUCUACAAUUUUAUCCCUGAUGUCCUUACACAGCUCUCUGGUCUUGGCCAUUGUGGAGAGGUUGGAGUCUGUUUGAUUGAGUGUGUGGACAGGUGUCUUUUAUACAGGUAACGAGUUCAAACAGGUGCCGUUAAUACAGGUAAUGAGUGGAGAACAGGAGGGCUUCUUAAAGAAAAACUAACAAGUCUGUGAGAGCCAGAAUUCUUACUGGUUGGUAGGUGAUCAAAUACUUAUGUCAUGCAAUAAAAUGCAAAUUAAUUACUUAAAAAUCAUACAAUGUGAUUUUCUGGAUUUUUGUUUUUUAGAUUCUGUCUCUCACAGUUGAAGUGUACCUAUGAUAAAAAUUACAGACCUCUACAUGCUUUGUAAGUAGGAAAACCUGCAAAAUCGGCAGUGUAUCAAAUACUUGUUCUCCCCACUGUAUAUAUAUGUAUUUAUAUUUGUGUACGUAUGUGUGUAUAUUUGCGAGAGAAAAAAACAUAUGGGGGAUUGGAAGUGAUGCAGACAGUUACAUUGAUGAAAGAUACAAUCUAUCUGCAAUAUUAAAGCUGAUCUACCCCCACUGCUGUAUUAAGCUGUUUUGGUGUUUCGUUCAUAGGAACACAAGUUGAUACUGCAUAUUGUUCAUUGGAGGAGGAAAUACAGUAUCAUAAUCUAUGUCUUGAUAGGUAGCUAGACCUCUUUGGCCUAGUUGUGACACUUCCAUAGUGUAUUGAUAGUCUAUGGGAUGAAUGUACCUUGGUUUUCUCUCCAAGCAGCCAUUUUUGAUAGAGCGCAAUUGACUCAGCAACAUACAGUAAUCAAAUCUGUGAUUCUGAUCCUGUCCUAUUUUGUGUACUUCCAGAUGGCGUGAAGAUGAGGGGUCUGAAGGCAGAGACAAAUGGAACAGCCAAGCCGAACAAAGUGGUAAGGGCCUUCUCCAUACCACGAAAUACCACCCAUACUAAGAAUGUAGGAUAUUAUCUCCAUCUUAUGGCUCAGAGAAAGUUGUGUUGGUGAUAGGAAAUGCUUUUUUUCCAGGAUGAGGAUCUGAAAUGGGUAGAAGAGAAUAUACCCUCUUCAAUGGCAGACGUGUAAGUGCACGCAAAUUGAAGUUGUAGAAAUGUUAGGAACAUGAACCAUUAUUGACAGUGAUAAUAUCAUCACUUUGACUAGAAUAAUAUAUUACAGCGUGGUUAUUACAUAGUAAGAACAUUGAAACUCUAUGAUGAGGUGUGAAACAAGCACAGAAAGGACAGUUGAUUUCCUGAUUAGAAGACAACUGUAAUCCAGUUCAGUUGUAAAUCAAUCAAACAUGUUUUCCUUUCUCUCCCAGUGCACUUCCCCCCCUACUGGACUCUGAUGAGGUAAAACGAGGUGUUAUUCCUGGUGUGAACAGAAGGGGGUGCCAGCUCCAUGCUUAUUAAAGAGCAGUAGCUAGUCAGCUUUACAUCAGCAUGUUUAUCCCUCCUCCCUGUUUUCUUACUUGCUUGAACAAUGAGAGGGUGCGGAAGGGUGGUGUGGUGGUGAAGCUUUUUCUGUCUGUUGCUUUUUCUUCACCCCCACAUCAAAUAAAGCCAUUAGGAUUGUCAAUGCAAGGGAUAUUUUAACAUAAAAAUAAAUACUUUCACAUUUUAGCGAAGAUACCAAAGUGUAAUACUUCAAAAUGUGAAUAUACCUGUAUGGAGAGGGUAGUCAGUAGAUGUAGAUUUUAUAUUAAAGCUUUUGUAAAGAUAGAUUGACGUCAAUGUCCAUCUUUGUUUUUCAGUACAUCAUGUCCCUUUGGAAAGUCAUUCCAACUAUGCUUUAAUUUCCCCACAGGAGACCAUGACAACCAAAUUUGAGAUGUCCAAAAUGGAAUAGACGGAGGGAGACGAUGCGCACUGCUGACAGACAGUACAGUAUGUUAGACAACCCUAUGUCUGUGUAUGAAGGAUAUUAUAAUCCCUUCCUUAUGAGCUUUGUAAGCAGAGGUUGUAAAUAUGAUGGGAUAAACUAUGACGUAAUGAGCUGACUACUUUUAUUUCAUUUUUUAAUGCCAGUUUAUUUAUAUUUUCGUGGAUAUAUGUUUAAUUUUUUUGAGAUUCUUUACUACAAAUGGUAUCUAGCCUUUCACCGUGAAGUGCAGAAUGUGAUUAAAUGUGAAUUUUGUCCGCAAUGUUUUUUCUCCAAUAUGCAGACUUGCACUUGGCCCAGCACAAUCAUACACACACUCCCUUACAACUCUCCCCACACACAUACUCACAAUUUUUCUUUUGAUCUCUCUAACUGUCCCUCUCUCUCUUUCUCUCACUCGCUGUUACACACACACACACACACACAC